CUCCUUCUCUGCUCUUCUCUCCCGUCUGCGCAACUACUUAAUGGACCGCAAAUGGCCUAUCCGCUCACCUUCCUUCCACUACCCCAACUAAACUAAUCACCACACCAUGUCCUCAACAGCAACCUCCCCCGUCGACAUCGAAAAGGCCUCGAAAGAAGUCGACCGCAAGAGCGAAGUCGGCUGGACCGGCUCUGAUGAUCCCGAGGACCCGCUCAAUUUUUCAAACCUCCGCAAAUGGUCCAUCACAAUCAUCUGCAGCACCGGCGCGCUCUGCGUCGCUUGCGGGUCGUCCAUCUAUACUGCGACUUAUAGUCAUGUCGAGGAGGAGUUUAAUGCAAAUCAGCUCGAGGCUAUUGCUGGGCUUACUUUGUUUGUCUUUGGCAUGGGCGCCGGUCCUAUGUUCUAUGCCCCCCUCUCCGAAUUCUACGGCCGCAGAAUCAUCUACAUCUGCUCCUUCUUCUUCUACCUCGCCUUCCAAUUCCCCAUCGCAUUCUCCCACAACAUCACCGCCGUCCUCGUCAACCGCCUCCUAGCCGGUCUCUCCGGCUCCGCAUUCAUGUCCGUCGCCGGCGGCACCGUCUCCGACCUUUUCCAAAAAAACCAGCUCGGCAAACCAAUGAUGGUCUUCACCGCCUCGCCAUUCACAGGCCCGUGCUUGGGUCCCCUGCUUGGCGACUUUAUUGUCUUUGGCGCCGGCUGGCGGUGGGUGUUUUAUAUCAUGAUCAUCUGGACUUUUGUCAUGCUCUGCCUCAUCGUGUUCUUCGUGCCCGAGACUUAUUCGCCCGUCUUGCUUCGCUGGCGAGCGCAGCGGCUGCGAAAGGAGUCCGGGAACGAUAGCUUCUACGCCCCGAUCGAGCUCGUCGAGCGGUCUGUUAUUGCGACCGUCGUCUUCAGCGUCCGUCGGCCGUUCGAGCUGCUGUUUUUAGAACCAAUGGUUUUCUGUCUCUGCCUCUUCACCUCCAUCAUCCUCGGCGUCGUCUACCUCUUCUUCCAAGCCUUCACUCUCGUCUUCCGCAACAACCACGGCUUCAAAGCCCAGCACGUCGGUCUCAGUUUCAUGGGUCUCCUCGUCGGCAUGAUCUCGGGCGUGCUCACUGAGCCAUACUGGCGCUCGCUCUACGUCAAGCUGUCAAACAAGAAAGGCAACGGCGUCGGAAGGCCUGAGUUUCGCCUGCCGCAGGCGAUGGCGGGAGGCGUGUGUACCCCGAUUGGACUGUUUUGGUUCGCUUUUACGACAUACAAGAGCGUGCAUUAUAUCGUGCCGAUCUUGGCUGGCAUUCCGUUUGGCUUUGGCAUCAUUCUCGUGUUUUCUGGGGUGUUUACUUAUUUGGUUGAAGCUUAUCGACCGUACUCUGCCUCGGCUCUUGCUGCGAACGGGUUUCUGAGAAGUUCUUUCGCUGCCGCGUUUCCUUUAUUUUCUGUUCAACUAUACGAAAACCUAGGCUACACGUGGGCGUCCGCUUUGCUCGCGUUCCUCAUCCUCGGCUGCGCGCCGUUCCCGUUUGUGUUUUACUACUACGGCGAGCGCCUUCGUAAGCGGAGCCGGUUUGCGUGGACAAAUCAGGCUGAGGCGGGAACCCCCGCAUUGACGAAUCCGGCGGAGGAGAGGCACUCCACUGAUGCUGGCGAGCGAGCUGAGGAUGCACGUGGUGCGAACAUGAAGUGAUGCGCUGAGCAGGUGUGGAUGUGGAUAGGGAUUGAAGUCGUUAUUGGGAA